AUGUCUGGAUACAGGAACUUCGCUGUAGCGGGUGCUGGCAAUCUCGGUCGGUUCAUUAUCCAAGAGCUCCUGAAGCUGCAUGCAGCAGUCUCCGUCCUGACUCGGAGUAGCAACAACGAUGCUCACGCCGACCUCGCUAAGCAAGGCGCCAAGUUCGUCACGGUGAAUUAUACUUCGCUUUCGUCCCUCUCUUCCGCUUUAUCUGGGGCAGACGUGGUCAUCUCCACUUUGGGCGGCGCCGCCCUCGGCGAGCAGCAGACCGCCCUGGCGGAAGCCGCCAAACAAGCCGGAGUAAAGCUCUUCGUACCCUCCGAGUUCAGUAUCCCGACCGAGGGCCUCGCAUUUGGCCCCUGGGGCGUGAGGGGCGCGCUCCACCGCAAGCUACAGGAGAUUCGUCUGCCGUACGCCUUGUUCUACACGGGGCCGUUUGCAGAUUUCGAGUCAGCUCCUUUCCUUGGCUGGGAUCUGGCCAACGGUAAGGUGAAUAUUCUGGGUGAAGGGAACGCCCCGAUCUCCUUCACAGCCCGAAGAGAUAUCGCCAGAUUUGUCGCGUACGUCCUCACCCAUCUACCGCCAGAUCAGUUGCAGUGGAAGAUUUUCCGGAUCGAAGGGGACCGCAAGACCUUGAACGAGUUGGUACACAUCUAUCAAGGCCGAAGCGGGAAAACACUGCAAGUGUCACACAAGUCCCGCUCUGAGUUGCAAGAAGCUAUAAAACAGAACCCUAAAGACUUACUUUCAAGGGUGUCGCUGGAGUGGGAGGAAGGACGGUGUGGUCUCGGGAAGCCUGGGGAGCUGAGCAACCACCUGUUCCCAGAAUUCAGCCCGACCGAAGUUAUUGAUGCUCUCCUCGCAAAUCCUUGA